CUGUGAGCUCGCGACGCUGCUCCCCGUGUCCCCGUGCUCUCUCGCUCUCUCUCUCUCAGACUGUACACCGGAGCACACGGAGGAGGAGCGGACCCCAGCACCGGCACGUCGCACACACGGAGGAGCGGACCCGGGCUGACAUGAGCGCACGAGCGGACCGGUGCGAGACCACUGCACGCCUCUCACCGGUCUGCAACUGUGGGCUUCUUCGGUCCACUUUAAACUAAAAAAACAAAACAAAAACCCACCCGGAUUACUGUCUCUUUUUGUGCAGAUAAACAUCAAAUCAAAAUGGUUUUGUUAUUUGAUGCCACCAUUUCACUAGUGCUGGCGCUUCACGUGAUGUGUUCAACUCUGGUUCCCUCGGGGGCUGGGGAGGAGAUCAGAGACUGCAAAGAACAGGAGUACAAGGACCGUUUUGGGAGCUGUAAACCCUGCAAGCAGUGCGACGCCGGGCAUGAGCUUUCAAAGGAAUGUGGCUUUGGUUAUGGAGAGGAUGCCCAGUGCGUGCCCUGCCGGAGCAGUCGAUUCAAAGAGGAGCGCAGUCUGCAAAAGUGUAAGGCCUGUCUGGACUGUGGCCUCAUCAACCGCCUCCAGAAGAACAACUGCUCCAGCACCAGUAACGCUGUGUGCGGGGACUGCCUGCCCGGAUACUACAGAAAAACUAAACUCAGUGGUUUCCAGGACAUGGAGUGCAUCCCCUGUGGCAACCCACCACCUCCAUAUGAACCUCACUGCAGUGGCCGUGUGAACCUGGUGCCCCUGCCUCCGCCUGGGACCAGCCCGAGGGACAUGGCCCUGGCAGCGGUCAUCUGCAGCGCUCUGGCCACGGUCCUGCUGGCUCUGCUCGUGCUCUGUGCCAUCUACUGCAAGAGACAGCUGCUGGAGAAGAAGCCCAGUGCGGCCUCCCUGCGCUCCCAGGACUGUCCAUACACCGGAGCAGAGCUGUCCUGUCUGGAUCCUCGCUGGCUCCACGAUUUCCACCACAGACCCUGCUGCCAAUGCCACCUGGGCCCCGAACACACCUGUGGCCCUGUGCACUUGAUCCCAUCUCUGUGCUGUGAGGAGAGCUGCAGUCUGGGCCACAGCCAAAACAGCCCCCUCCAUUCACGCAGGAGCAUUAGUAUGGAACACACAGAGGAAGAGGAGGAGGAGGAAGAGCCUAUGCAGCUGGAGACCACAGAGGGGUCAGAGGUCACGGCACAGAGACAGAAGGACCAGAUGGAUGGACCAGAGUACAGUGUGAGACAUGAAGCUGGGACAAGUGCACUGCAAGAAGGAUGACAGGGACGUCUGGCUGCUCCUGUUUGAAGCCGAGGCCAGAGCUGUGUCAGAUUCCUCCUGUUCCCCUCCCUCCCCCUCACUCCAGUGUACAAGUCUGCAGCUGACCUCACAGGCCCUCACGAGCCCUCAGAGCCCCUCACACACACAGCACGCACGAGGUCAAACACGAGGCCAAAACACGACGCCAGACGACGAACGACGACGGGGGGAUGAAUGAAGUCUGACAGCAGAGACUUUCUAUGGACCUCUUUGCCUGAGAAUGUUUUUUUAGCAUCUUCAUUUGUAGAAGAAAACCAGUGACUGCGGCGCUGGUGAUGAAGCUUUGUGUGUCCAUGUAAACAGGUGUGAAGAAAGAGCGUACUAUGUUGCACAUUGAAGACAAUCGUGACACUAAAGACGUGGAAUGUUCACUCUAAAUAAAAUAUGCUGUAGAUAUUGUAAGAUAGUAUAGGCUAUUCUAAUAUUUUUGUAACAUAGACCUCACGUACAGUGUUAUCUUUACUUCUUUAGAGAUAGGAUCCAUGGCUGUGAAGAGUUGCUCACGUUUAUUCAUGCUACAGAUUUGUAAAUAAACAUACAAAUUGACUUUUUA